GCAGAUAUACGGCUUCCAUUGACAGCGUGGAAUGUAACCGGUUUGGUGAUUACACACAAUACUGCGCCAUGUUGUAAAGAGUAUGACAGGCCGUUACAGAAAACAUCUAUUCAGCAUUCAUACCGUAUGGGAACCCUAUUGACCCAGCGGCGACUGUCACGGUAUGAUUGUUAUCAUGUGUAUGCUGUAGUCGAAGCAAGUCGCCUCGCUGAUGUCUGUUGAUGUCAACUCACCACAGACUGUCACUAGCUUCACAGAGACAGAGCCAACAAUCCAGUGUGCACAGAACCGACAUUUACAGAACAGCAAAAUAAGUUGGUAACUGAAAAAGAACAGAAGUAAAAAUAGUUGGACUGGUUGUGCUAUGAUGUAUAAAAAUAAAGGUGACUCGCCUCUUCACAUAGCAGCCGAAUUCGGGUCGGAAUAUAAUGUUGAGCUCUUGGUGGAAUCUCGAGCCAAUGUGAACUCUCAGAACAGCCACGGUGACACUCCACUCCACAAGGCAGCAGGAAGGAGAUCAGUGGACUGUGUGGAGCUGCUUCUUGAGGCUGGAGCUGAUGCCAAUCUCAAGAACAAUGCUGGUGACACCCCACUCCACAUAGCUGGCGAGAGAGGCUCAGUACAAUCAUUAAGACUGUUAUUAAAGUUCGGAGCCUAUGUGAACGAUCGGAACAGUGUAGGAAACACAUCCCUUCACCGAGCUGCUAAAAGACGGUCAGUAGAUUAUGUAAACGUACUGUUAGCAGCGGGAGCUAGUCGGUACUUGAGGAACAUGGCAGGCGACACAGCUUUCCAUGCAGCAGCCGAGAUGGGAGUUUCAGAGAGUGUGGCUGCAUUGAUGAAAGACAUGGUUGAUGUUAACAUACAGAAUACGAUAGGUAACACCCCACUCCAUAAAGCGGCUUCAAGGGGCCAUUGCAGUUGUGUUGGUGAAUUGUUGAAGGCUGGUGCUGAUGUGAACAUCCAGAACAGAAGGGGUUCAACAGCGCUUCACAGAGCCGGGAGAACCUCGUACGAGUGUCUUAAGCAGAUGUUGGAACAAGGUGUUGAUACCAGUAGCAUGUUUCUCCCAGAGGAGAAUGGUUGUGAUGGGAGUUCUAGGAUGUGGGUAGAUGUAAACGUUCAGGACAAUAGAGGCGACACACCCCUACACAGAGCAGCAGAGUAUGGCUCUACGGAAAACGUUGAGGUUCUGCUGAAAGCUGGGGCGGAUCUUCGAGUGAAGAACAAGAGAGGAGACACACCUCUGCACAAAGCCACGUACAGGGGACAUAAGAAUUGCGUAAACGUCUUGUUGAAUACUUUAAAGCCAAAGGAAUGCGCAACCCCUUUUUAACGUGAUACUGAGAAAAAUAUUAAAAUCCGAGACAUAUAUUUUGAGUAUUGGUCUUGGUGAUGUGAGUUGCAUGGAUGUCCCGUCACUGACGACUGAAAACUGUAUAUGCUCCAUACAUAACGGUGGUAUUGAUUUGUGACAAGCUGGGAUUGAAAUUGAUUAACAGCUGUUGCUACUGCUGCUGAUAUCGAUGCACACCUGAUGCUGAUAUUGAUGCAGGGCUGGAGAAAACAUAACAGUUAAGCUUUGGCUGGUAUUCAUGUAUGGGUAACUUCAAUGUUGAAACUCGUCCAGUGAUGAUAGUGAUGUCCAGUUAGCGUUGACAGUGACGUGUGGUUGUGUGGACCUUGAUUGCAGUGAUUGUUAUUGACACAGAACUCUUUAUGAUACUGAUAUUUGCCUAAGGUUGAUAUUGAUUUACUAGUGGUGUUGUUAUGGCUAUAGCUAUAUUGAUGCAAGGCUAAAGCUGAUAUUGAGGCAAGGCUAAACCUGAUAUUGAGGCAAGGCUAAAGCUGAUAUUGAUGCAUGACAAAAGCUGAUAUCGAUGCAUGGAUAAAUCUGAUAUUGAUGCAAGCAAGACCAAAGCUGAUAUUGACGCAAGGCUAAAUCUGAUAUUGAGGCAAAGCUAAAUCUGAUAUUGAUUCUAGGCUAAAGCUGAUAUUGAUGCAUGACUAAAGCUGAUAUCGAUGUAAGGC